AUGCUGGCUUUAGUGGUUCUCUUCAUUGUCUUGUCCGCAUGCCCGGGUUCUGCAAAUGCUAUAGUCGAUCCUCCACCGUCCAAUGACCUCCGCAGUGGCUCCGAUUUGUGGUCUUUCGUCUCCCGACCAGACAUUCGUGCCCCGGUCUUCAAGGUGAUCAAGCAUCAACCCAAGCUGAUAAAUCCCGGUUACUGGUUUGUGGCUCCGUACACUACAUGGGACACGGUCCCAGAGAGGACAGAGUACCAGCCGUUUCAAGUUGGGCCGCACAUAUAUGACGGUGAUGGGAAUCUCGUUUGGAGCGGUGCAGCCCUGAGCAACAACCGGAAUGCCUUCGAUUUUCGAACCUUUGAGGCCCAUGGGACCACUUUUCUGUCCUAUAUCUUACAUUACAGCGAGAGAAAAGAUGAUGAAGAGCCUCACGGCCUGGGAGUCUUUCUGGAUUCGUCGUUCCGUCGACAAGGAAAGAUUACUCAUGAUAUUGGCCACGAAUUCAACAUACAUGAGCUCGACAUCCGCGAGAACGGAACAAAGGCCCUGUUCUUAACCACAGAUCGACCCGAGCGCGAGGACAUCUACAGCCAUGAAAAGGGUUGGUUUGCACAUGACUGCAUCAACGAAAUGGACCUGGCUACCAAGACGACUGACUUCCAAUGGUGCCCUUUGGACCAUGGAGUCUCUUUGAACGAAUCGUAUCACGAGUACCCGGAUCUGUCGAAGCUUACCUCAGGGUCCCCGUGGGAUUUCUUUCAUGGGAACUCCAUUGACAAGUUCAGCAAUGGAGACUUUCUGCUUUCCAGUCGACACACGAACACGAUUUACCGGAUACGCAGGUCGGACCAGUCGAUUGCCUGGCGCUUAGGUGGCAAACUAUCUGAUUUCUCGAUGGACUUCAAUUUCUCGUCACAGCAUCACGCGACCAUACACUCGCAGGGCGAGAAAACUGUCACAAUCGCCUUCCUUGACAAUGCAUCUGAUGACCAGCAUCGGCAAGCCAAUUCCUCAACAGUAUCUUCCGCAAAACUGGUAGCAUUGGACUCAGAAACCAUGGAGGCAAAGGUGCUUCAAGAAUGGUGGCGGCCGGAUUCUGCCCUCAGCGACAAGCGUGGCAGCACCCACUUCCUGCCGAAUGGAAACAUUCUCAUCGGCUGGAGCGAGCGAGGGUACAUGACCGAGCACACUAUGGACAACCAACUAGUGUUAGAAGCCGCCUUUGUAUCGUCGCGAUUCUCCACUUACCGGUCAUACAAGUCGAACUUUACAGGCUUUCCAACCGAAGCACCAGCCCUCGAGUCCUUCAUCGUCCAGUCGCAGAGCGAUCCAGUUUAUUCCAUGACCACCUCGUACAUCAGCUGGAAUGGCGCAACAGAGGUUCAUGCUUGGAGCUUCUACGGCUCAAAUAAUGAUACGGCCGAGACUUUCCAGUUUCUGGGACAGACGCGCAGAAGCGGCUUUGAGACAGCCUUCUCCGAAAAGGGCGCGUGGAAGUUCGUAUAUGCUGAAGCUAUCGCAGCCAAUGGGUCCGCCAUUGGCAAAUCUGCUAUUCGUCCUGCUCGCUUCUUGCCUGGUUCGACGUCUCUAAAAGCUUUCGAUGAAAUGGAGAAACAAAAGGCUUCGCUUCUUUCCAGCAUUGCUUCCCAGACAAAUGCCCGACUCCGACGACUCGACAAGGCUGCCAUCGCGUCCGGCGCCAUCUUCAUCUUGCUUGGUAUCCAGCUUAGUUUGGUCCUACUAUAUCUGAUGUGUAAACGCUCCCGUCGGAUGAGAUUCGGCUCCUGGCCUGCUGUCGAUGAGGACCAGAUCCAGCUGCUCUCUAGAAAGGCCAUGAUCGACUAA